UUUAUCAUGUAGAUCCAAUUUCACAAUUUACUUUUUACAGAGUAAAUGGAAAAGAAAUAUGAUGGUCAAGACUUCACAGAGGAAGCAUCGUGAGUGGGUAAACCAACCCAAGCCAAAGCCUGAUUUAAGCAUCUCCAUUCCUUUGAGGAUGUCCAAUUAUAUACUCAAGAGGCCAGUUACAAAAAUCACAUCCCACCCAGGCAAUGAGGUCAGAUACCAUCACUGGGAGGAAACCUUGGACAAGCCCCAGCAGCUGUGCUGGCAGAGGAGACUUCAAGGACUCCAGGCCUGCAGCAGCACAGGACAACUGUUAAGUCCCUUCGAUCUUCCCAAAUCCUUGCAAAAACUUGUGCCUAAGCACACAGGCGAGUCCCUGCCUGGUGUUCUCGCAGGUGGUCCUCAUGGCAGCUCCGAGUGCAACCCCACCGGGUCCUCACGUUUGGCAGAGAUGAUUCCAGGAGCUGGUCUGGGUAACCCACCGCCCCACUGCAAACAAUUCCUGGUGACUGAGAAAGAUAUCAGGAAACAGGAAAGGAGGAUGAAGAUGGCAAGAGAGAGACUGGCAAUAGCGUUGGUCGCAGACAGACUGGCUAGCGAGGCUGAGAAAAUGAGGGACCCGGAAGGACAUCCUGGAAAACGCUAGGAAAAAAAAGGAAGACGGUACAGAUAAAAUGGAACACGGCAUUUUAUUAACAUCUCUUUGCAGUGUCCACAAUGUUUUCUUGCUUUGAGGUUUUUUUUAAAUGUACCAACACUUUCCUUUAUUAAACUUCGUGUGACAUAGAAUAUAUACACAGUGAUCUUUUUGAGUCGAGAGAUUCGGUUUCAGGUGAGGAGAGAAAGAUCUUUCCUUUUCAUGAU